CACAAAACAUAGAAGCGAAAUCUAGUGCGUAAUCUCGAGUAUAGUUUGAGUUUCAGGGUUUUCUAUCUAUCUCCAUAUUUUUGACUAUGGCUUUGGGGAAGAAGUGCCGGAGUGACUCACUCAAACGCAGCGUUUCAUUCGGCGGCGCGGUCGGUGAAGGGUUUGUUCGAGCUUUGGGGAGGAAAAGGGUUGAGAUUGUUGAGUUGGGUAGCCCCAAGACUCCGUUGAAGAGGCAGAGGAGCGCGUGUUUCGAUUUCAAUAUUGAUUUUGAGGAUGGUGUGCCUAAACUAGAAGCUCUGCCUCGGGAGAUUCUGAUUAAGAUUCUGUGUGGAGUUGAUCAUGAGGAUCUUAAGCAGCUUUUCCAUGUGUCUAAGGCGAUUAGAGAAGCGACUAUUAUUGCGAAACAGUGGCAUUUUGCAUAUAGCACACCUAGAAAGAUUCGGGCUUUCCGAACCAAGAUUGAUUUUUCGGAGUGGAAUGAGGAUUUGGAUGAGAUUGAAGCUCCGAAUGCUCCGAAGCAGAAGAGGCUGCAUAGGGCGCUGCCGAGCAGGAAGAAGCUGAAUGAGAUUUCGGUUAACUUAUUGGAUUCAUUGGAUGAGGGAAUGAGAAGAGGGCUUUUCAUGGAUGAAGAUGAUGAGUGAGAGCAAUCAGGGGUUUUUGUAUAUAGAAAUGUCCUGUUUUUCUGAUUUUGAUUGGUCUGUGUACAUAUGGAGAAAGUGGUACCUAGCAGCUUCUUCAAAUUCGAUCAUUGAAGAUCAAAACUUGCUUGUGUUCCUAUUUCUGUACAUGUGUUAGAAAGAAAGGAAGAGAGAAAGAAAGAUACUUUACUAGUUGUUUAUUUAAGGGCUUCAAUCUUUGAUCCCUUCCCACUGAGAAUAAGGAUGUAGAGACUUGGUUCUGUGACUUAUGAGCUUUAAUUAAUAAAAUUUCAAUUUCAAUUA